CGGAGAGGUCGGCGGGGGAGACCAGGCAGACCAGGACCUCCCGGGCCGCCCGGACCACCGGGACCUGAAGGACCCAAAGGACAAAAUGGAUUCCCUGGCAGAAAAGGCGCCUCUGGAGUUCCAGGAUUUCCGGGACCGAUUGGACUGGAUGGCCCAAAAGGAGAGCCGGGCGAGCCAGGGAAGGCUGGACCACCGGGGCCUGCCGGAAGUCCUGGAUAUGAUGUCUUCUCAACUGCCAAGGGCGUCAAACGAUCCGUGACUAAUAUCCGCGGCGGAACGCUAGGUUACGCCGAAAUCGUGGCGAUAAAGGGUGAGAAGGGCGAGCCAGGAGCCAUGGGUCCUGCUGGACCCACCGGGCCCACCGGCCUCCCCGGCAUGAACGGAAUACAAGGAGAGGCCGGCAAACCGGGGGCGCCGAGUGACCCCGGCCCGCCGGGUCCCGCGGGCCCCGCCGGGCCUCAGGGCCCGCCCGGACCUGUCGGAGAACCGGGAAUGAAGGGAGACAAGGGUGAGCGAGGUCUCAUCUCGACCGUGGAUGGAAGUUUCCCGACAGGAUUCAUUGAAGGGCCACCGGGUCCACCAGGUCCGCCCGGACCACCGGGUCCUCUGGGUGGUCUCGGACCAAUUGGUCCACCCGGACCGGCCGGCAAAAUAGGACCACCGGGACCGCGAGGCAGGCGCGGCAAACGGGGUAAGAACGGGCGAGCUGCCAUGAUCGGCCGGCCUGGCAAACCGGGACCGGAGGGCCAGAAAGGAGAGCACGGCAUCAAGGGCGAGAAAGGCAACAUCGGUGACAUGGGUCUCCCCGGUCUGCCGGGAGAGCGCGGACCGGUUGGUCCUCCGGGCCGGGAUGGCCUCGAUGGGGAGACGGGACCGCAUGGUCCUCCCGGCCAACCGGGCACCGGAGGACCAAAAGGAGACCACGGCGAUGUGGGAGACAUGGGACCACCGGGUCUGAUGGGACCACCUGGUCUCCCGGGACCUCCGGGUCUGCCAGGUUCGCCAGGCGAGAAGGGGGAUAAGGGGGAUUCGAAAUACAAGAAGUUGAGACGGCGGAACGGAGCCAAACCCUCCACUGAUCUCAUCGAAUACAUAGCGGGACCGCCGGGUCCGGCGGGACCACGGGGCCACCCUGGUCCGCAGGGACCACCCGGUAUAAAGGGCAGUAGGGGCCUGGACGGCACGAGAGGACCACAGGGUGACAAAGGCGACAAGGGAGACUCCGGUCCGAUUGGUCUGCCGGGUCCGAUGGGAGUCAGAGGACUCCCCGGUCACAAAGGCACGCCAGGAUCACCGGGUCUUCCGGGUCUGGACGGUGUAAAAGGAUAUAAGGGAGAGCCGGGUCUGAAAGGCGAGCGAGGCGAUCCCGGACUACCGGGAGAGAAGGGAGAUCGAGGGCUAAUGGGCCCAAUCGGUCGGCGCGGUCGAAAAGGCGAUCCGGGGGAGAAGGGAGACCAGGGUGUACCCGGUCUGGACGCCCCUUGUCCGGUGGGAAGUGACGGUCUACCACUGCCGGGCUGCGGGUGGCGGCCGCCGCCGCACCAGAAUGAUGCAUCGAUCGUGCUUUGAGCUGGCGUGGAGCUGCCAGAUUGUUGCCAAACGAACACGGGACGCGGCCCAUAGCCGUGUUGAACGCCGCGCCGUCUUCUGGUUUAUAGAGGGCGCCACAGCCAAAGCGGACAUCAAUUGUGUUUACGUGUUUGUGAGUCAUGUAGGGCGUUGUUUGUCUCCGUUUGAGACAUUGACUCAAUUGAGGCAUAGUGACUACGAUGAGUUCACGAGGGACUCAAUGAAUCGGCUCUACAAAAUGGUGGCAGAUGAUUGGCGUGAGACUGUAAAUGUGUCUAUUGAGGACGCUGCGAGCGUCUGAUAUAGGUGUCGCCACAAUCGUCAGAUGUAGAUGACGCUACCGUCGCACGGCGUUACAGUCGAGUCCGUUUCACCGCCGAGGUUUACUGUGCCAACACUCGUUUUUGCCAACUGUACGUACGGCCCGAACCGCACACUGUAUAGUGCGGAGUUGUGCCAAGGUACACCUGUACUCAGCUAGCUCGGUCCAGUCACGGGCGCCGCUAGUAUGACGUCAUAGGAAGUGUUAAUGUGACGUCAUGGAAGGCAGGUAUGUUUAUAGGGUAAACUGAACAAGGGCAGAACCCAUGGACUGAGUUAUGUUUGCUGAUCUGCCGGCCUCUGUGUAAGCUAGUUGAAGCACAUGAAAUAUGUUCAGAGUGUACGUGAGAGGUUGUAAACUUGUGAGCAUGCGUAUUUGUAUAGCAUCAAUACGUAUGCUGUAAUGUGUCCAUCUCAGUGGAUGCCAGUGCGCAUGCGCGAAACGACGUACAUGUUGAAGCAGGUCAAGUGUUUGGACGUUUGUUUUAGCUGAAGCACGUGCGUACUUGAUGAGUGCUAUUACCGUGUUGAUCUGUUUCGUCGAUAUCUAGAACGAACAUAUUGUCAGGCAUAAGGCUAUUUAUACAAUGCCAUUUUUUAUUUGGCAAGAUAGAUGAAUAACUGACGGAAACAUGUUGUCCUCUCUCGUGAAGAUAAUUUUGGGUUACGUUGAGCAGUUUUAGUACUCGGUCAAUAUUUUAGAUUUUUGUCAGUGAUAGCUAAAAUUUACUGACAAUAAAUAUUGAUUUUCCUUUAUGAA